AUGAUAGAAAGGGAUGAAAUAAAGAAUACUAAUUAUCAUGACAUUCGAGCCGAGAAAGACACGAAAAGUACAACUGUGGAAGACCUUGUUAUACCAAAUGACCGUUCAACGAUGGAUUUAAAGCUUCUCACUAUUUUGCUUCUCGUUGUCUUGUUGACAAUCGACCUUGGUGACUCAUGGGGACGCAGAAGACGCCGACGAGGUGGUAGGGGAAGAGGAAGAAGCGUCUGGAGAAGGGCUAAAAAAGCUAUCAGGAAAGUUGGCAAAUUCUACAAGAGAAACAGGAAAACCAUUCAUAGAGUUGGAAGAAUAGUACUUCGUGGAGCAGCCGCGUAUGACAACGAAGACCAGAAUAACUUAAAUCAGCUUAAGAAUCAGAAUCUGGAAUCGUAUCAAGAGUACCUGGACAACCUGGAAGAAACUAUGAGUGAAAUGUAUCCGGAAGAAGACAUUGAUCAACUCAUGGAAGCAUUGGACAAUGUCGUUGACAUGAACGACGAAGAUCGUAAAAAUUUAUUUGCGACUGCAAACGAGGAGAUGCCUGAAGUUGAGCCAGUUUGAUACAGUUCAGUUGGCAGAUAUGAUCAAAGAUGAAUUGGCGAUGAGAGUAGC